AUGGAGCACAACCUCCCGGUGUGGCUGUACAGUUUUUCUUAUUUCACCGGCGACUUUGACUCCGUAUGCCCAUUCACCGCCAUGAGGUACACCCUACAUGCCCUCGGACUUGAUGUCACGGAGCCAUGGCGCCCAUGGACAGUAAACAACGAGGCUGGAGGGUACAUUCAGGGGUACAAUUGUGGGCUGGUGUUUGUGACCGUCAGGGGUGCGGGGCACAUGGUUCCUGCCUACCAGCCCGAGCGAGCUCUGGUGUUGAUCAGUGCCUUCCUCAAUGAAACACUUUCACCGCGCUAUGACAUGUGA